AUGGAUGAUAAAGAUGAAUCAACGGUAUUAAAAUAUAUUAGCGAAAUAGUAGGUCAUCCUUCAAAGGAGAGAAGAGCAGAGUCAAUUGUGUCACUUACAGAAUAUCUUGAAAAUAUCAAGGCAAACAUCCUUCAAGAGAAACAAAAAACAGUAAAUUACAAAACAGUUGAUCCUUCUAUAUAUGAUGACAGAGCUUUUAUGAGUCUAAUUAUAUUAACUUACUUUGGCAAAGUAUAUGAAAAAGAAUUUGUCGAAAAAUAUGAACAUUUCACUGAACCAAUCAUCAAUUCAGCUAAAAUCCUUAUAAACAAACUGAAGAAAGACGCUACUCUCCUUGUUGAUUACGAACAAUUUAUAUCUGACAACAAUAAUAUUGUUUCAGCAAACAAAGAACUUAAUGAACUUAAAUUUUAUCUUAAAUCAAUCAUUGCUAAGAUAGAGUACAUGAUUUCUUUAAAUCAAAUUUCAUUUUUAAACGAUGGACUUGAAAAUUCACUCGCAUCAGCAUUUUACAAAUUCGACAAUAAUCUAAAGUACAUUGAGCAUUAUCCUCUUGAUAAAGCGUUGUCGUUUUAUCUUCAUCAUUCGGCUUUUAAAAAUAUGUUAGGACCAAUUUGCACAGUUGUUGCAGAGGGAAAUGUCAAAUCAGCACUUAUAUCUCUUUCAGAACUUACAGAAGCAAUAUUCAACGAGAUGAGUAAUCAUCAACUCAUUGGCAAAAUUAUUUUAUAUAUUUCAAUUGUUCGCAUUGUAUUUGAGGAGAGUUACAUUAAAUUUUCUGAGUUGAACAAAUAUAAAAAGGCAAAUGGUGAAUUUAUGGAAAAAUGUCAAGAGAUGUCAAGCAAAUCUAUUGGAGAACUAUCUAACAUUCUUCCCAGAUCAGUAACUGAUUACUAUCCAUCUGAAAUGUCCCUUAAAUCAAUAUUUGUUAAAAAUAAUAUCAAAUUAUUAACUGAAUUUGAGUAUAUGUUCAGUCCGAUUGAUCUCAUAGUUCAUAUAUACCAAGCCUGCAAUGAGUUAAAGGUGUUUUUCUCUUCAAAUUCACCAAUAAUCGCAGAUAAAGAAUUAAAUGUGUUACUUUUAGGUCUUUUAGCAUCAUCUCCGCCAUCAAACGCUAUUGCAAUUGCAAAAUUUGUUUCCCAUUGGAGAGAUUUCGCUUUGAAACCAGAAACACAGCCAUAUAUUGAUAAUUUCAUUGCAGCUGUGAAUAUUUUAUAUCCUUUGGAUGGUAAUCUCGAUGAUAUUUGA